ACAGUUACUGAAAGCCUACAAGUAAGAACCGGAACUUGAAAAAUUAGAAGGUCACUUCCUCUACAGAUAUUUCCCAUCAUUCCAUCUAUUUGACACCUUAUCUAUUUUAUUGAGUUAAAUUACGAAGCUUUAAUAUGCCAAAGAAUAAAGGUAAGGGAGGUAAAAACAGAAGGCGAGGUAAAAACGAAAGUGAGGAUGUGAAAAGAGAACUUGUUUUCAAAGAAGAUGGUCAAGAAUAUGCACAAGUUGCCAAAAUGCUUGGAAAUGGUCGAUUAGAAGCCAUUUGCUUUGAUGGAAACCGGCGUUUGUGUCACAUCAGAGGAAAAUUGAGAAAAAAAGUGUGGAUAAAUGCUGGAGAUAUUAUAUUAUUGGGUUUACGGGAAUAUCAAGAUGCAAAAGCAGAUGUUAUUCUUAAAUACACACCAGAUGAAGCUAGAAAUUUAAGAGCUUAUGGAGAGUUACCUGAUUCAGUUAAAAUUAAUGAGAAUGUUUGGGAAGAAGGUGAAGAUGACAACAUCACUUUCGAUGAUUUUGAUGGAGAUGAUGAGGAAAUAGAAGAAAUAUGAAGACCAUGUAGUAACAGCAGUUAGACCAAGUUAUCUGACUGUAAAGAUAUUAAAUAUUGGACUUUUUUAAGACAGCUGAAGUUGUUGAUUUUUUUUUUCUUUGAAUUUUCUUCUCCCUUUUUAUUGAGUAAAAGGGGGUUGGACUCAGGCAUGACAACCUACCAUGUAUCUAUUGUUGAUAUAUACAGUAAGAUUAAUAGCACCAUUGCAAUAUUUAUUGUUGCAUGUGUGUAAGCAUUACCACUAUUUUUUUUUUCAUGAUUUAUUUUCCUUCCCUUAUACCAUAUGCUGAGUUAUUUAUUCACAUUAUUUACAGUUUCCCCCCAUCCCCCCCAAUUUUUUUAUUUCAUGAAAUGAAUUUGAUUUAAAGGGUAAUGUAAUACAAUGAUGUUAUCUGAAGCCAAUGCCUAAUAAAAACAAUUUGAGAAAAUAAAGAGCUAUUUUUCACAGAUGUGUUUCCUAGGGAUUUCAACAGAUAGGUGAUUGAUUCUUUAAGCACUAUGACUUAUUUCCCUUUGAUAUCCCUUACGCCUGAAUGACAUAACAAGCUGUCUACCUUGUGCCUGGAGAAAAUUUAAAGACAUUUGCUAAUAAAUACCUCUCGGAUAAAUUCUCA